UAACGCAGUAAUUUAUCUCUCACUCUCAAACGUCAUUGUUGUUGAACGCGUUUUUUAUUCUAAUAAUAGCUGGAUGUGAUUCUGUUCAGUGUCUAUGGCAUAUGGUUCGGAUGACACGGUCUUUGGUGUGAAUCUGUGUUACUGAGUGGAGUGUGUGUGUGUGUGCUCUGAACACAUGAGUGUGUCUCUGGUUGUGAUCAGACUCGAGCUCGCUGAUCAGUCUGAUUCCCCGCGAGGCUUUCACUACUGCGCCGUUUCAGAGAUGUCAGAGGACGAGAUGAGAGAGACAGCGCUGGUCUCUGCUAGAGCGACGCUGGCCGGUAAAACAGAGCUGGAGCGAGCGGCCGUCCUCCACCAGCACCUGGGCAGCCGUGUCAUGAGCGACGUGGUGAUCGAGAGCUUCCAGCCCAGCGCAGGAGUUGAGGACGGUAGAGAAGAUCUGAAGUCCACAGAUGAUGGAGAUGGAGAAGCUAAAGAUCAAACAGAUGAGAGCAGGACUCCAGACUCUCCCUCCAAACAGCUGCCGGAUCAGAUCUCCUUCUUCAGCGGAAACCCGUCAGUGGAGAUCGUCCACGGCAUCAUGCACCUCUACAAAACUAAUAAGAUGACGUCGCUCACAGAGGAUGUGCGGCGCAGCGCGAUGCUGUGCAUCCUCACCGUACCCACCACCAUGACCAGCCACGACCUCAUGAAGUUCUUGGCUCCCUUCAACGACGUCAUGGAGCACAUGAAGAUCAUCCGGGACUCCACGCCCAAUCAGUACAUGGUGCUGGUCAAGUUCAGGAGUCAGGCCGAUGCCGACAGCUUCUACACAGCGUGCAACGGCCGUCAGUUCAACUCCAUUGAGGAUGCUGUCUGCCAGUUAGUCUAUGUGGAGAGAGCGGAAGUCAUCAAAUCUGAAGAGGGGGCCAGUUUACCUGUGAUGGAUCUGACGGAGCUGCCCAAGUGCACCGUGUGUUUGGAGCGCAUGGACGAGUCGGUCAACGGCGUGCUGACCACCCUGUGCAACCACAGCUUUCACAGCCAGUGUCUGCAGAGAUGGGAGGAUGCAACGUGUCCUGUGUGCAGAUACUGUCAGACUCCUGAACCCGUGGAGGAGAACAAGUGUUUUGAGUGUGGAGUGCAAGAGAAUCUGUGGAUCUGUCUUAUCUGCGGUCAUAUUGGCUGCGGACGCUACGUUAGUCGUCACGCUUACAAGCACUUUGAGGAAACGCAGCACACUUACGCCAUGCAGCUGACCAAUCACAGGGUCUGGGACUACGCAGGAGAUAACUACGUCCAUCGGCUUGUUGCCAGUAAAACUGACGGGAAGAUGGUUCAGUACGAGUGUGAGGGCGACACGUGUCAGGAUGAGAAGAUCGAUGCGCUGCAGCUCGAGUAUUCAUAUUUAUUAACCAGCCAGCUGGAUUCUCAGCGCAUUUACUGGGAGAAUAAAAUAGUUCACCUGGAGAAAGACACAGCGGAGGAGAUCAACAACAUGAAGGCCAAGUUCAAGGAGACGAUUGACAAGUGUGACAGUUUGGAGCGGAAACUAAACGAACUCAUCAAAGAAAGACAAUCCAUUGAAAAGAAAUGUUCACAGCUGAACAACAAAGUGCUGAAGCUUGGUCAAGAGCUGCGGGAGGAGCAGGAGAUGAACCGAUGUCUGCGAGCCAAUCAGACGCAGCUCCAGGCGCAGCUGCAGGAGGAGGAGAGGCGGGCUCUCGAGACGGCAGCCAAUAAAGACGGCCAGAUCGCCGAGCUGCAGGAGCAGCUGCGAGAUGUCAUGUUCUACCUGGAGACGCAGCAGCAGAUCGACCGCAUGUCGGCAGACGCCCGACAAGAAAUACAAGAGGGUCAGAUCAACAUCGCUUCGGCCCCCGCCGCCCCACAGCCCGGGCCCUCGGCCCUCGGCUCCGGCAGACUGAGCGGCCGCAAGGGACGAUCCAAGAGGGGAAAGUAGCGAAAGACAUUGUGUUUAAUAUAUUCAGUGCUUAAGAAAUGUUGCACAGAAAAUGAGGAUGUUUUAAUAGCCAUCCUUCCUCAUGUUAGAAGCUCUAAUAUAUUAUAUUAUGAUUUGUUCACUAAUAUCUUGCAAGAGUACACCUGCUUAGAAAUGUAGCUCAGCCAGUUUUAUAUGAAAACAAAGUUAGGAAUUUUAUUUUCGGAUGUGCUCAUAGCUGGAAGAUGUCAUUCUUUGAUUUACUUUAUGAUUGUAGGAAUUAUUGAAUAUUGCUUUCUGCAACUCUUGACGGAUGGAGCUCACACAAUUCUUGUAAUGUUUCACAUCGAGAGAGAGAGAGAGAGAGAGGAAAAAAAAAUUAUAUUUUGCUGUAAUGCAUCUGGAUUAGUUUUGUAUUCUUUUUUUUUUUCUUUUUUAAGAAUUGCAUUUAUAAUAUAUGGGAGCUCGUUUCCGGGAAGAAAAAAACAGAAUUGUGAGAUAAAUAUAG